AUGACAGCUCCUUCGUGGUUAUUUUGCAGUCUGCAGAUGGCCUUUCUUUUUUCGGCUAGAACAGAUAACUGCAAAGUCAGCAGUUUAAAGAAAAGCUCAAUAGCAGGGCAACCUUUUCCUCUCCAGUGCCAUGCUGCGGUAGGUUACAGAAGUGAAAUAAUCCCCUACAGUGUGAAUUGGUAUAAAAACUCCAGCAAAACCUCGUUGUUAUCAGGAAAAAAUUCAAGAAUCUAUCAGCAUCAAGACUGGAUUUGGUUUCUUCCCCUAACAUUAGAAGACACAGGGAUUUAUCAGUGCAUUAUAAGUUACCAAGUGGCAGGAAGUGGAACACUGGGAGAGGAUCCCAGCAGGAAGAUUCCGACAAGGAAUUCAUUGAAAUGUACCAGAGUGACUAUCAACUUGACUGUUUUCAAAAGCAGUGAGAAUUGGUGUGAUAAUCAAAAGGAGGAUCUUCAGAAGUUGUUAAUAUAUAUUCCACUGCCCUUGGGAAAGUUAAAGAUGAUUACAUGCCCUCUGCCUAAAUUUCCAGCAAACAUUACUUUUAAUUCAGUAGAAUGGCAUAAGGACUGCAAACAGAUUCAGAGCAACAAAGAAUUCCGCCUCACGAUGCAGAAUCUUGUUAUAGCCAGUGUGUCUGCCCAGAAUGCAGGAUUAUAUAGAUGCAACGCAACGUUCUCGUUCAUGGGAAAGCAUUACAGCAUUUCACGUAAUAUACUAGGCUUUCUAGAAAAGAGUGAGGAACCAGAAGGUACUGCAGGAAAACGACCCGAGAUCCUCUACCCCCAAAACAAUUCAAUUGAGGUAAAACUUGGUUCCCCACUCCUCGUGGAUUGCAAUAUAUAUGAUACUGAAGAUAGUACCAGUGACAAGUGUUGGAAAGUCAAUGGUACUUUGGUGAAUCAAUAUUAUAAUUCAAACCGGAUUCAUGAAGGGUUUGAAACAAAAUCUUCACAGGGUGAGAAGUAUUGCCUUUACACAGUGAAUCUCAGUUUUACUGAAGUGAGAAGUGAAGAUUAUUACCGUCCAUUUGUCUGUCAUUUGUCUGGAAUAUCUGCAGCAUACAUUAUGUUAAGACCUCCAGCUCCAGAUUUACAGGGAUACAUGAUGGGUGGACUUUUUGGGAUGUUGUUAAUGGUGGUGUCCAUCUCAUUCAUCUAUAAGAUCUUUAAGAUUGACAUUGUACUGUGGUAUCGGAGCACCUUUCAAACUAUUGUGAGUAAAGAAGAUGGAAAACUCUAUGAUGCAUAUGUCCUGUACUCGAAACCCAAUAAAGAAAGUCAAAGCCAUGCUUUGAAUAUGUUGGUGAUGCAGAUUCUCCCAGGUGUCUUGGAGAAGCAGUGUGGAUACAAGUUAUUUAUAUUUGGAAGGGAUGAUUUUCCAGGACAAGCUGUGGUCAGUGUUGCUGAUGAAAACAUUAAGCUGAGCAGAAGAUUAAUCAUUAUUAUAGUUCCUGAGUCAUCAAGUUACAGCUUCUUUGAACACACGUCGGAACAACAGAUAGCAGUCUAUAAUGCCCUUAUUCAGGAUGGAAUUAAAGUCAUUCUGAUUGAACUGGAGAAAAUCAAGGACUACACAGGCUUGCCAGAAUCCAUUAAGUUCAUUAAACAGAAGCACGGAGCAGUGCAAUGGACGGGAAACUUCACAAAGGAAUCCCAAUCAGCAAAGACUAAAUUUUGGAAAAAAGUGAGAUACCACAUGCCACCAAAAAAAUACCCACCAUCCUCCAAGUCAUCUUUCAUCAGGCCUUCCCUGCCCUCCAGCCUAGUCACUCUGGAGGGGUGUCCUUCUCCAAUGACUUCUCCAAGGUCCAAGGACUCGGAUAUGUUUGUGGGCUAUUAGUUUGUACAGAUGGUUAAGCUUUUUUUGCUACCUUUUGAGCUCCUUUGAGCAGGCAAUCAUCUUUAGGAAUCGUGCUUUAUUAACACAAUAAUUGUGGAGAUACUGGUAUACUAGUGGAGAUUAUUGGUGGAGUAACUGCAAAUUUUCUUACCCUCAGAUACUUUUUGCUGAUCAGUUUCAGAGAACCUAGCCCAUGCAGU